GCUGAAAGACAGAGCGAGCGCAAAGUGACAAGACCUCUCCAAACCGCCAGAUAACAUCCACAACGAUAUAAGACAACAAAAGCCAAAGCAAUAGCAGAAAUAAGACGAGGAAAAGAAGGACACGUCUGCUGCAGUUGAACCAGGGCUUGCCAUCGGAUCACUUUAUACCGGCACAUGUAAUGUCUUGCUCUUGAGGAUAAUCACAUGCGCAAAAGCCGUUCCCUGGCCCCAGAGUCGCGCGUGCAGAGUGGAGGGUGCGCUUGAAAACUUUUUUGGUUGUUUUGUUUUGUCUGUGACAUUUUGGAAUCCGAUUUAUUAAUCGUCGACUUUCCGUUAUACCGUGGCGAAGAAGGAGGACCAAUAUAGUGUGGAUUUUCCCCGGUUUCUUUUCUUAUUUAUUAUUUUAUUUGACUGCAAUUGCUAUUCUUUAUAUUAUUAUAUUUUCUGGAAGAAGUUCAUCUGAGUGGAUUCGACGCAGGUGCUUCGGUCCUGAAGGCAGCAUGGAAUCGUUACUUUGACCCACGAUAUCAUAUUCAUAUUCAUAUUCAUAUUCAUAUUCCGCUUCGAAUAGUUUUGAGAGCCAGAGACUGUUCAGUGGCGCUCGCCGCAACACACCACUGGAAUUACAAUCAUGAACUUUGUUGUUUAUUCGCUACAAUUAUUUUUUGCGGCUCUUCUUCAUCUUUCUGCUGUAAAGGCUGCCCACAUACCCAAAGAAGGGGGGAAGAGCAAAAAUGAGGUGAUUCCCUUCAUGGAUGUGUAUAAAAAAAGUGCGUGUAAGACUCGAGAGCUGCUGGUAGACAUCAUUCGGGAGUAUCCUGACGAGAUCGAGCACACGUACAUCCCGUCCUGUGUGGUUCUCAUGCGCUGUGCAGGCUGCUGCAACGACGAAGCGCUCGAGUGUGUCCCUACAGAGACGCGCAACGUCACCAUGGAGGUACUGCGAGUCAAACAUCGUGUAUCACAGCAUAAUUUUCAACUGAGUUUCACAGAACACACCAAGUGUGAAUGCAGGCAAAAGGAAGAAGUCAAAUCAAAGAAAGAAAACCACUGUGAGCCUUGCUCAGAGAGAAGAAAGCGCUUGUAUGUGCAGGACCCCCUCACCUGUAAAUGUUCCUGCAAAUUCACACAAUUGCAAUGCAAGGCCAGACAACUUGAGUUAAAUGAAAGAACUUGCAGGUUUGUUUAUGAACUGUCACCACGUGCAACAUGCAUCUUCUCAUCCAGUCCCAUCUGAAGCUCUGAAAUAUGCAUGCUUAUAGCGCUUAUUGCAUUUUCCCUUCUAUAUAUGCAUGUUGACGUAGUGUGUGUGUGUGUGUGUGUGUAUGUGGAGUAUUUGCCAUGAGAUACAACAUUUGAUGUCAGAAUCUGGUGCAUUACCGCUGUGCACUUACAAUGACAUGUUUUGUAGCGCCAACACUUUGACGUUGAGCAUAGAAAUUAUUAAUAGUGUACAUGAACUGACUUUGCUGGUAUUCUGUCAGCAAGCAAUAUGAUUUUGUGUUUUUGAGUAUAAACAAGCAGGGAUGCUGCAUAUGUGUGUGCUUGUGAAGUGCAACUCACACAUCCUUUUAUUAGUAAUUCUUUUUUCAUCUUGUCAUUUUAUGUUCAUAAUGGGUCAGAAUUCAGUUUGGUAUUAUUGAUUUUGCCAUCACGUGUGAAAAUCAUUUAAUUAGCUGUUCAUGUUUCAGAUACCUAAUAUGAGAUUUUUUUAAAUUAUGUAUGUGAAUAUAUAAGUGUGUCCAUGCGGCUUGCUUCUCAUCAACUGUCACACGAAUUUAAACUGUGUGAUCAUAUGUUAGCAUUCUGUAUAUGUUGUCCAAAUGUUAUUGUUAUGUUUUGUGGAGAUCACAGCAUACUUUGAUCCUGUGGUCAUUGCACCCUAACCACAUUUUAACCCAUCCAAAUGUCCAACCUCUGAACAUUUUUACAUAAUUACAU